CCGGGUAUAUUAGCCAUGCUGAGCUCGACGCCAUCAGUAGCAACUCCAGGGUCUCUUCAACAUGACCUAUGAUGAGGAUAGCGAUUCUAGCAUCCUUUUUUAUGAUAACUCAUCAGGAGUAAGUAGGUGAGGAAAACAGCUCGCAUCACUACAAGCAACCGACCAGAAGACAGCGGUAUGCCAACGACGGUCUCAUGGCUACAAGCAACUCGCCAGGACCUAGCAGCUUGACAUCACCUGCUUCCACUGCCUCAAGCAAUUCUCCGGGAUACGAUGGUGUAUCAUCACCAGCUUCUACAACUCCUAGUAAUUCGCCAGGAAGCGAAACCAUACCAUCUCCAGCUUUCAUUGCCUCACACAACUCGCCAACUAAGCACUACCAAAAUAUUAGGACGAUUCUAGAGACGGCAUUAACAUUGAACUCUUGAAUGGCAA